AUGCCACCAAAGGACAAAGGAGCCAAGGGAGCUGCCAAGGGAGGAAAGAAGGACACUAUGAAACCAAAGUCGAAGUCAGCGGGAAAGGUCCAGAAGAAGUCAUGGGCUAAAUCGAAAGUCAAGGAAAAAUUGAACAACAAUGUCUUGUUUGAUCAGGCUACUCUUGACAAGUGCAAUAAGGAAAUCCCAACCAUGAAGGUCAUCACCCCAGCUGUCGUCUCCGACAGAAUGAAAAUCACCUGCUCACUCGCUAAGAUCGUCAUUAAGGAUCUUGAGAAGAAGGGAUUGAUUAAGGCUGUCAGACAAGACAACCAUAUUUGGAUCUUCACUAAGACCGCUAAGGCUACUGAAGCCUCAACUGCCGCUGCUGAUAAAAAGGGAGCUAAAGGAAAGGUUGCUGCUAAGAAAGAUGCCAAGAAAGAUGCCAAGAAGGAAGAAGAGAAGAAAGAGGAACCAAAGAAGGAAGCUGCCAAGAAGGAGUAA